CCCACCGGAAAACACUUUCCCACGUGCCUCAAUCUCGUAGUCGACCGGUUGCUAGAAGGAAAACAAGUUUUAAAUCUUUCGGAAGACUCCACUCAUUUCGGAAUUCAAACAUGUCUAGUAAAAAGAGGAGCGCGCGCUUGUCAGUUGAGGACGCAGACGUACCCGAGGAGGAGGCGCGCGCACGCCGAAAGAACAUCAAGCGUUUGGCACUGUUACGCGCAAAGGAGCCUACUGUACAAAAGUUGGAGGACAUCGUCUUUGGCGACGUGCAGGAGGAGGAGGAGGAAGAUGAGAAGGAGGUAGAAGAAGAAGGAGACCAAUCUGACGAGGAGACGGAAGCGCGCUUAGCCCCCCCACCAAUCAAAAAAGCUGCCUGGGUUGAUGAUGAUGAUGAGCUGGAGGAAGAGGUGGACAUGCAGCAUCGCUUCCGUAGCAACCUGAUGCGAGGACAGUCCGAGGCCCGCAUCAGCAAGACAAAACUGCAACAGAGGAUGAGAGAUCAGUUCCAGAAGUCGAUGGGCGGAGCUCCAUCCUGGGCCACAGACGGCAGCAAGAAGUCAGUGAAAGAUGACGAGGACGAUGACGAUGGGGAGGAAGACGAAGACGAUGACCUGCUGAGAAAAACGGGAAACUUCGUGGCGUCUUCAGACAGUCUGCCCAGCGGCAUCAUCGGGCUAAAGAAAUGUUGCCACGCCAACGCGGCGCGGCUAUCUUCCGAUCGCCUGACGUCGGUCCAGUUCCACCCGUCGGCUCAGGUGGUCUUGACAGCAGGUCUCGACUGCUCGCUUUCCUUUUUCCAGGUGGACGGCAAGACCAACUCUAAGAUCCAGAGCGUCCAUCUGGACCGCUUCCCCAUCUACAAAGCUCGUUUCACUUGCCAGGGCGACGCCGUCAUCGCCACCAGUGUGAAGAACAAAAUGUUCUACAUGUACGAUAUGAUGGAAGGACGCAUAAUGCCAGCGCAUCAAGUCAAAGGGCUGCGGGAACCACGGAUUAAAGAGUUCUGCGUAUGUCCUGAGGGGGGCGCUCUACUGCUGACAGGAACUCAAGGAUACUUGCACAUGCUGACACUCAAGACCAAGGAGGUGGUGAACAGCAUAAAGCUGAACGGCGAGGUGGUGGGCGUGGCCAUGAGCAGCGACGGCAGCAAAGUGUUUGCUAACUCAGAGGACGGCGAAGUGUUCGUGUGGGACGUGCGCAGCAGUCGCUGCGUCAACAGGUUCACGGACCACGGCUGUGCCGCCGCAAAGGCCAUCGCCGCAUCCGCUGACGGACGCUACCUAGCGUGCGGUUCACAGGCGGGUGUGGUCAACGUGUACUCGCAGCAGACGUGUCUUAAUUCAGCCAAUCCCACGCCCCUGAAGGCCAUCAUGAACUUGCUGACCCCUGUUACCGCGCUCACCUUUAACCCCAGCGCCGAGAUCCUGGCCAUCGCCUCGCAAUACCAAGAAGAGGCCGCCAAACUGGUUCACGUUCCAAGCCUGAGCGUCUUCUCCAACUUUCCUCUGGCGAAGAAGAAGUUUGUCUAUCGAGUUUCCUGUAUGGACUUUUCGCCUCACAGUGGCUUCUUCUCAUUUGCUAACAACAAAGGACGCGCUCCACUCUUCAGGCUGACACACUACAAAAACUUCUGAAGAAGGGGAGGAGUCACAUGCAUGUUUUUUUUUUCAUGAAAUAAAUUCAAUUGUUUUUUCUUGGC